AUGUCAACUGUGAAGUUUGAAUUGGAUAAUCUUUCUCCUGAAGGAUUCAGACAUGAGCAUGCGUCCAGCUCAGAUUUUACUUUAACCUGCUUGACUGAACUUUCUGGUGAUUCUAGUCAAUGGGAACUUCAGCACUCCAAUUCUGUCCCUGUUGUCAACAGCAGCCCUCACCCUGGGAUCACUCCACAAUCCCCAAACUCCAGUUCCCAGCCGCUCUGCCUUCCAGGGGACCGCAUCCUUGUCCAGGAACCUCAUCCAGUAAAACACAAUGCUUGUAUUUGUUGUUUCAAAGAUCCUCUUGAGAAGGAAAUGGCAACCCACUCCAGUAUUCUUGCCUGGAGAAUUUCCCGGACAGAGGAGCCUGGCGGGCUACAGUCCAUGGGGUCUCGAAGAGUCAGACACAACUGA